GCCGCCGUCGCAGCCGCCGACGCCGCCUGCGGAAGACUCGCCGGAAGACGACGCGUCCAGCCGUAACUACGUGAACGGAGAGCAGUGCCUGACGACGGCGAUGUAGGCCGUAGAUUAGGGCUCGUGUUUACGAAAAAACAUUCUAAAUCGUUUUGUCUUUGAAAUUUAUUUGCUGCAAAAUGAGAAGACAGGACGAUUGAGGCAGGAUGAGAGAACAGACCUCCACUGUCUUCAGAAGAACAUCUGACGACGACGCAUGCAUCUACAAGUGCCGCGCUUCAAACCACGCAAAUGGAGAUCAGUGUCUGACGACGGCGAUGUAGGCCGUAUAUGUGACUCUCGUGAACGGAAAACAUUCUUCAAAUUUUUUGGCAGACAUUGUGCAGCAACAUUAGAAGACAGUGUGCUGCAAAAUGAGAAGACAGGACGAUUGAGGCAGGAUGAGAGAACAGACCUCCACUGUCUUAAGAAGAAUAGCUGA